AUGAAGCUGAUAAUCUUCGCUUGCUUGCUUGGUUUGGCUUUGAGCCACGAGCUGUAUUAUUAUACCCCAACCUAUGGGUAUUAUCCUGGAACUUUUGCCAGGACCUUACCAGUCCUUCCAUUGGCAUAUUCCCGAUUGAUUGCUCCUGCAGCAGCCGAAUCGCAUCUUUAUCACAGCGUGGAGACCCCGAACUCCUUCCAGCAGCAAUAUCGCAGCGACUACAAGCCCCUGACCUAUGAGUACAUCUACUAG